AUGUCUGGAUACGCCGGCCGCAGGGCACCCAACGUGUCCCAGUACAUCCAGGACCUCAACACCGUCCCCACGCCGCAGGAGCUGGCCCAGCCCCAAGACAACUUUGGCAUCGACGACGAUCUUUCGCUGUUCACCAACACCGAAUUUUUCGACUUCGACCUGGGCACAUCGCUGCCGGACGUGUCGCAGGCGCCGUCGCUCGACAACUUCGACCCGCACGCCGAGGAGCGUGCGCAGCGCCGCAACGCCUCGAUUGCAUCGUACGGUCAGGCGCCUCCGCCGCAGCAGCAGAAGCAGCAGCAGAAGCAGAACAUGGACUUCAACUUUACUGGCGAGUUUCAAUCGCUGGACUUUUCCUUCCCGGUUGGCGGUCUGUCGGACCCCAGCUUCCAGCACCAGCCGAACCCAUACCCGGUCCAGCACCAGAACGGCACCAGCACUUCAUCGCCCAUCUCGGCCACCUCGCCCACAGCCGCCUCGGCCGGCAAGCGCAAGUUCGACGGCCCGGCCCCGCAAAGCACCCAGGGCUUCUCCAUCGAGGAUGUCUCGCGCCUCGCCGCUGAAGAGGACAAGCGCCGCCGCAACACGGCCGCCUCGGCCCGCUUCCGCAUCAAGAAGAAGCAGCGCGAGCAGCAGCUCGAGAAGACGGCCAAGGAGAUGACGGACAAGGUCGCGACCCUCGAGAGCCGCGUCGCCCAGCUCGAGAUGGAAAACAAGUGGCUCAAGGGCCUCAUCACCGAGAAGAACGACGGCAAGAACACCAGCGAGUUUGCCGAGCUGUACCGCAAGUUUAUCGGCAACGACAUCAGCAAAGAGGAGAGGAGUAAGGAGGAGAACAAGGACGGCGUGGGCACCAAGACGGAGAAGGCCUAA